AUGCUUUCAUGUGCUGGGGCUGAUAGGCUCCAAACUGGAAUGAGGAGUGCAUUUGGCAAGCCAUUAGGAACUUGUGCACGAGUUGCGAUUGGACAGGUCCUCCUUUCUGUUCGCUGCAAGGAUAGCAACAGCCAUCAUGCACAGGAAGCCCUCCGCCGUGCAAAGUUCAAGUUUCCUGGUCGACAAAAGAUUAUUGUUAGCAGGAAGUGGGGAUUCACCAAGUUCAGCCGUGCUGAUUAUGUGAAGUACAAGAAGGAGAACAGAAUCCAGCCCGAUGGUGUUAAUGCUAAGGGCCUUCAUAUCCGCUCAAGAUUCACAAUCAAUCCUGAUAAAGUUUAUAGAAUUGCCAUGAGGAGGCUUAACACUUCAGCUGGUAUUCUUGAGGUUAUGGGUGCCCCUCUCUCAGGAUCAGACCUAAGAGCCUAUGUCAUGUCUGGAGGUGGGGUUACACUAAAGAAGUUCAAGCCAACUUUUAGGAGCAAGCGGUGUUUCCUCAUUUUCCCAGUACGAGGUUCUGAGAGAAAGGGUCUGGUCAGUGUCGAAGUAAAGAAGAAAAAAGGCCAGUAUGAUAUGAAGCUACUGGCAGUUGACAUUCCAAUGGCGUCAGGGCCUGACCAGCGCUUAUUUCUGAUUGGUGAUGAAGAAGAGUACAAAGUUGGUGGUGGACUGAUAGCUGAGCUGAGAGAUCCGGUUGUGAAAGCAAUGGCUGCAACCAAGGAGUUUGAUAGUCUUGAUCAGAUUGAAGAAGAGGAGGAUGCUGAAAGAGAACUUCAGGAGGCAGAAAGAAAGCACCGCGAAGAAAUUGAGAAGCUUGAAAAGGAUGGAUCACAGUGA